AUGGCGUCAAAAAAAGUAUUUGAUCGGUGUUGUAAUCCUUUUGAGUUGGAAUCUCAUUUUAAAAAAAUUGGUUUACGUCCGGCGACUGAUAUUAUGAAAGUAACGUUAGGAUUAGAUGAUAAUUAUUUAUUGUGCAGUUCAUGUCGAAAAAAAGCUUCAGAGUUAGUGAAGCAACAAACAAAUGCUCGUAAUGAUCCUAGUGCUGAUGUAAGUGACCGUGAAGACAACUAUAGUGACAAUAAUGACAACAAUGAUCAGGCUGAUAAUGAUAGUAAUACAACUGCCACGGAUCUCCCAUUAUCCUUAUCAUUCCGUUCCAUGUCAUUUGAUAGCGAACCCAAAGCAUCACAAUCAAGCUCAGGAUCCCAAGUUAGCGCUGCAACUCAAUUACCCGUAAUAAACCAUGCAUUAGAAUUGUUAAAUCAAUCACCGAUUCCAUCGAAGAAAUUGAAUGAUAAUCAAUUUUGA